ACAGCGAGGAGGAGGCAGCGACGUCGUCCUCUUGAGACAUGUGGUGGUGUAAUACUCUCAAUGGCUCGUGUUGUUUACACAAGAAACAAGACUUUAAAGAAGAAGAAUCUGACCUCUUCGGUUCUGCAGAAACUCUUCGAUUUCGUUGUCUUCUUGAUUUCCUUGACAAGUCCGUUUCAUCGACAUUUUCUCGCGGUUCUCUCUGUAUUCGACGAUCACAUUCUCGCGUUGCAAGAGACUAUCGAGACUUAUUUUCCUUCUACCAGCUUUGUGUUUUUUAAGAUCUCUGAUUUGCUGAUCGUUUUAGAGACUCUUCCUGAGAGAUUCGAUGUGUUCUUGAAGAAACUUCCGAGUAUGAUGAACCGAGUUGUGUGGCUAGAUUUGGUGCUGGUUUAUGUCAUUUCUUGGCUUGGUUUGUUGGUGAACAUGUUGGGACGUUGGAGGGAUAAGAACAAAGGGACCAAGGAGAAAGAGAUCACGGUGGAUAGGAGCUUUAGCAGAUCAGGAUCAAACUUGCAAGAAGAAGAUGAAGAGAAGGAGAGAUUAGGGACUGAGGGGAAGAAAGCAACGUACAAGGAGGCAUUGCAGAGAGGAAGUAGCGGAGAAGAUGGCGGUGGAAGCACUGGUCGUAGCAGUAGCAGCCGCGGUGAUCCUAUUUUGGAACUGUUUGAAAAUGGAUGGAUUCAGAAUCCCAUCAAACGAAGUAGUAGAAGCGCCGAUUCGCUCACAUUCUCGCGUUCUGAUUCCUACUCAACCUGACCUUUUCCCCUUCAAUUCUG